AUGAACCCAUUUGAUCCUAAGGUACGUGCGCGAAACGCUGUAAGGGCUGAACUGUUUGCUAUCCGUCAUCCUGAGACAGUUACCCAGAUCAGUGAAUACCGAGAUCAACGGUUUCAGGGUACUCUAAAAGAACAAGAUUUGGCGUUACGUACGUCGACAACAGUUUAUGUAGGAAAUUUGUCAUUUUACACGAGUGAAGACCAGUUGUAUGAACUGUUUAACCGUGCCGGAGAAGUCAAACGAGUCAUCAUGGGUCUCGAUCGUUUCAAAAAAAGUCCAUGCGGUUUUUGCUUCGUAAUUUAUUAUACACGGGCGGAUACCGAGAAUGCCGUCCGUUUCCUGAAUCGUACAAUGCUGGACGGUAGGAUCAUCCGAGUUGACUAUGACGCCGGCUUCGUGGAAGGGCGCCAGUACGGACGAGGAAAACAUGGUGGACAGGUCCGCGAUGAAUACCGUGAGCAAUACGAUCCCGACAGAGGCGGUUAUGGUAAAAUUUGGCAAGAUAGGGAGCGGUUGUGA